AUGUCUGGCUCAGUCAUGCGGUCGCGCGGCUUGCAGGGCAAGCCGCAAGGCAACGCGAUCCGUUCGCCCCCCUCACAACCUCCCCGGUCGAAGCACGCAUCCCGGCAGCACUUCCGUCAUCAGUGCCGCGCAUCCGCGGACUCGGAUGCCAGGGUGCCCAUGCCGCCCGGCGACGAGUCCGUGCGCUACACGGACAGCGCCACUGACCUGGCCUUCAUCGGAAUGUGCCGCAAGGCGUACGGCAACCUCGCCGGCUGGCAAUCGCCGCGCUCGUUCGACGACGGGGAGGAGUCCUUCCGCGGCAUGGUCGAGGUCUCGCGCGCCCUCAUGCGCGGCAAGUCGGCGCAGGAACAGCGCGACGCGGUCAUCAAAGGCUUCCCGGAAGUGCCCGCCUGGUUCCGCCAGGUGUUUCCGUACUCCAAGUGGGGCGCGGAGCUGAACGCGCGCAUCACGCCGGCCUUCUUCGAGUGGCUGGUGGGCGAGAUGGAGACGGUGGAGGUCACCCUCCCCGACGGCACUGUGCAGAGGUCGGGCGUGGAAAUCAAACGCUGCCGGUACCUGGCCGAGAGCGGCUGCGUGGGCAUGUGCGUCAACCUGUGCAAGGCGCCCACGCAGACCUUCUUCACGGAGCAGCUGGGGAUGCCGCUGACGAUGGAGCCUGACUUCGAGACGCUGGGGUGCAAAAUGACAUUUGGAAAGGUGCCGCCGACGGUCGACGAGGACGAGGGGCUCCGGGACAUGCCGUGCUACGCCGACUGCCCCGCAUCGCGCGCGGACGUCGUGCCCUGCCACAAACUCUCCGAGUCCCGGGAAUGA